CACAAAUAAAAAAGCAAGAUGUUAACAGCAACAUGUAAGUUCAGUUGACCUGUUUCCAGAUUCUUGAUUAUUACCAUUUUCUGGUUCAACAGCAUCACAGAUUUUCAGGUCUAAUAAAUUGUCGCAAAUUAGAUACAAAUUGUUAACCAUUUAUACUUGAUUACACUUGUUAAUGUAUCAGUUAGACGAUAUUGUUUUCCUAUCAACAGUUUCCAUCUUUACUCUGUUGCUAAUCACAGGUCAACCGGUAUCUUGGUAACCGUUUUUUUCUCUCUCACAAAAGACAAACUUUCUCGAUAACCAAUGAAAACAAACAAAUUACUCAUAAGGUUAGGCGUAAAAUAUUUUAUGCAUUUUUUGUCACUUCUUGGUUUGUUGAUUAAGUUAAAUUAUGCCAUUAUUUUCGGAUAAGUUCAAUCCUCGUCUAUCUAAACCUCGGAAAAGUAAUCCAAUCGGGUCUCGUUCCUUUGUUCCAGAAAAAUUGGAUGAAAGUUAUCAACUUAUUGAAUUUAAGUCAUUGAAUUUGGACCUUGGUGAUCAACUUAUGUUACACUUUGAUGAAACCAAAGGACAAUGGAUCAAUGAAGAAGAUGAAGAUGAGACAGCGGCCAGAUUAGCCAGCAAAGAAAGCAAUAACAAUAAAGCUGAAUUGGUUAAAUUGAAAAAGACGAUCGAAACAUUGCACGAGGAGAAUCGAAUGCUUAAGCUUAAAGUAGAGCUACUGGUUGAUCUGGUAAUUGAAAAAGGGGAAACUACUGACUAACGGCGGGAGAAUUACCAUUAAA